CCCUGCGGUAGCCAGCUUUAUAACCUAUAGGAAGCACUUAUGAGCUGGUAGCGUUUGCAGCCAUUCCAUAGUAAGAGUGGAUCACUAUUUGGCACUUUUCUGUGCGUGUGAGUACUCGCCUAUCUGUGUGUAUUGGGCAAAGAAACGGGAGAGGGCUUCGGUGGAGACUUCAAGCAACGGGGUGGCUUAUUCUUCUGUUUUCCCACCUCCUGGCUCCGGCGACAGCUCGAACGCUCUGAUGGAGGCGGAAAGAUCCGGCGGGGUGGCGGGUGGAACGAACCAGAGCCCCGCAGGAAGCGGAGCGGGGCGCAAUCCGAACGGGCCGAAGGCUGUGCUCGGUCCCGCUCCCACCGCAGCAGCGGCCGCCGCGGCCACCGGGGCGAUGUCUGGAGCCUCCCAGCCGCGAGAUCCGCAGGACGGGGACGCGGGCCUCUCGUUGCCCGGGAUCUUACAUUUCAUCCAGUAUGAAUGGAGCCGCUUUCAAGCCGAGAAAUAUCGCUGGGAGGCCGAGCGAGAUGAGCUGAGGACUCAGGUGGCGUUCCUGCAGGGUGAGAGGAAAGGUCAGGAGAACAUGAAGCAGGAUCUGGUGCGGCGAAUCAAGAUGCUGGAAUACGCUCUGAAACAGGAGAGGGCCAAACAUCAGAAGCUGAAAAGUGGCACUGACCAGAGCCCUGGAGAGAAGAAACCAGAGACAGAAGCUGAACCAAUACCCAAUGGGCCUGCAGAUUCAGAUUCAGAACCAACCAAUCAGAUGCCUUGGAAGGAGGGCCGUCAGUUAUUGCGCAAGUAUCUGGAGGAGGUGGGAUAUUCUGACACCAUCUUGGACAUGCGUUCCAAACGUGUUCGUUCCCUGUUGGGUCGCAACAGCCCAGAGGUGAAUGGGCCUCCUCCUAGCGAACCGCCUGCAGAACCAGAACCUCACAGUGGAGGAGAGUCACUACUAGUGCGCCAGAUCGAAGAGCAAAUCAAACGGCGUGCUGGAAAAGAGAGCUCUAAAGAGCGGAUGGGCAGCUCUGUCCUGGAUAAAAUUUCUUUCCUUCGUGGCUGUGAGGAUGACGAUGAGGAUGACAGUGACGAAGAAGAGGACUUCCAGGGCAUGACUACAGACUGCAUUGAUGGACGCAAAAACAAGAAGUCCGGGAGCAAGAUGGGCGGAGAAUCCAUGACCACCGAUCUUGACCCUGAGGAUGACGAUGAUGAAGAGGACUCGGAGGACGCUCUGGGAGAGUUUGAUUUCUUGGGCUCAGGAGAGGAAGGCGAAGGGGCGGGAGAAGCUCGCAUAUCAGGAGACGGCCGUGAAUUAGGUUCAGAAAACCGGCGUAAUAAGUUGCAAGGCAUUAUGUCAGAUUUCCCGCCCAAACCCGCUCCACCUCCUUCUAUCCCGGGCCAGACACGUUCCGGAGAGGGGGGCGCUCUUGGAUUCUCCUCUGAUGUCUUCAUUCUGGAUGCUGUUGGAGGAGGGGAUAUGAACCUCGGAGAGCUGGCUGACCUCACUGUUGCCAAUGACAAUGACCUCACCAUUGACUUGCAGGACAAUCGAGAAGAGUUCAAAAAAACGUGGAACCCUCGCUUCACACUACGAAGCCACUUCGACGCCAUCCGGGCGUUGACCUUUCACCCCAGCCAGGCCGUGCUGCUGUCUGCCUCUGAGGAUGGGACGCUCAAACUCUGGAACCUCAACAAGGCGAUGCACUCCAAAAAAAAUGCAGCGCUGGACGUUGAGCCCAUUUAUACAUUCAGAGCACACAGUGGUGCUGUUCUUUCUCUGGCUAUGGGAGAGGAAGGAGAAUCAUGCUUCAGCGGCGGUCUGGACGGCUCCAUCCGCGGCUGGAAGAUUCCAGACCUUAAUGUAGAUCCUUACGACAACUAUGAUCCCGGCGUGGAGAGCAGCGUGUUGUCGGGUCACGAGGACGCGGUGUGGGGUUUGGCUUACUCCUCCAGCCUGAAGCGUUUGGCCUCCUGCUCUGCAGAUGGGACUGUGAGGAUCUGGGACCCCCAUAAUUCCUCACCGUGUGUGUCUGUUUUCAACAAAGAGAAAGAACAUGGGACUCCCACCUCGGUUGCCUUUGUAAACUCCGACCCGUCCCAGGUUGUUGUUUCCUUCGAUGGGGGCGAGACUCUGCUUUAUGACCUCAACACAGAGCAAAGCAUCAUGGUCUUGGAGAACCAGGCUAAGGAUGGCAGUGAGCUGAUUAACCGCGUGGUCAGCCAUCCGUCCCAACCAAUUUCCAUUACAGCCCAUGAGAACCGCACCAUCCGUUUCCUGGACAAUAAGACAGGGAAAGUGAUCCAUUCCAUGGUGGCUCACCUGGAUGCUGUAACCUGUCUCGCCACAGACCCUAAAGGCACUUACCUCAUCUCCGGCAGUCAUGACUGCUCUGUGCGUUUGUGGAUGCUGGACAAUCGCACGUGUGUGCAGGAGAUCACUGCGCACAGGAAAAAACACGACGAGGCCAUUCACGACGUGGCCUUCCACCCCUCGCAGCCCUUCAUCGCAAGCGCAGGGGCCGAUGCGCUUGCAAAGAUCUUUGUUUGAUUUUCUCAUUGGGGAUCCACUCUCACUACUGGGCCACAAGAGUGAAACGUCGAGUAUACACACACACACACACACACACUCACUAAAUGACGGGAACAAUGUUAAAGGCACACGACUCAAUAACCCAUCAUUUUUUAUGCCUCACACAUUGUGAUACAAACUCUACUGCUUUAAAUACUAAUGAGUUUGCUGCUCAUGUCCCAAUUUCAGUUUUAGACUACACUAAUAAUAAUCUGCAUGGUGUGUUGGGAAGGAUGUCCAAUCUGUUGACGGAUGGACUCAUGCAAACACACACACCUUAAUACAACUCACACCCUGGAUUUUAAUUUCAUGCUCUGUUGAGGAUGUGAAGGCUCUCGGUAAACAAGACCUUACACAAGCCUGCACAUUGUCUCAAUGUAAAUUGCAUUAGUGCUAAUCUGUGAAUUAAUGUCCUCGCGUAACUGUUGCCUAGUAACGUGAGGCAAUUGAUGCAUUUCAUUCCAAAGACUGCUUUUGAUUAUUUUUUUUUGGUUGCGUUUUAGCUGCAAGUACAACACAGCUUUACCUUUAGCCUCACAGCUAAGAGCCUUAGUGUUUCAGCCUUUCGUAAUCAGUUCCACACAUCUCAUUCUCAUAACGAGUACACUUUGAACAUUUUGCAAUCAUCAUCUUCAUUCAUAUCCGAUCAGGUGGCGUUAUCCAUAAUAGUCGGGUGACUGUUGAGUAGUGUAUUUAUUGUAGUAUUCGGUAUCGGUUGGAAGACUUUUUGGGAAGGACUGCAGUUGGAUGCAUAACUGAUUUCUUUAUAUAUGCAGGAUAUGCUGUAAAUAGCACACUUAACUCACAACCUUGGUGCUAAGAUCUCCUCUGAAUCAGGGACCUGGUCAUGACGGGAGUCGUAAAAUAUCAAAUCUCCAUUGACGCCUGCCAUUCCUCAGAGUCAUCGUAUACGGUUCUUUGGCAUUUCCGAAAUACAGCCCGAGUGUCAGGAGUUUCGGAGUGUUUCUGGUGUGCCGAAGUGGCUUUUAAAGGAAGACUCCACAUUUUUUGGAAAUAGGCUCAUUUUCCAAGUUCCCUAGAGUUAAAGAGUUGUGUUUUACCAUUUUUUUUUUAUCCAUUCAGCGGAUCUCCUGGUCUGACGGUAGCACUUUUAGCUUAGCUUAGCAUAGAUCAUUGAAACUGAUUAGACCGUUAGCAUCUCACUCAAAAAUUACUAAAGAGUUUCUAUAUUUUUCCUAUUUAAAACUGGACUCUUUUGUAGUUACAUUGUGUACCAAGACCGAUGGAAAAUGAAAAGUUGUGAUUUUCUUGGCCGAUAUGGCUAGAAACUAUGGUCACACUCAAAUCACAACCUUUCAUUUUCCGUCACUCUUAGUACACAGUGUAACUAGUCAAGUUAUUAGUAGGAAAAAUAUAUGAACUCUUUGGUCAUUUUUGAGCGAGAUGCUAACGGUCUAAUCAGAUUCAAUGAUCUACGCUAAGCUAAGCUAAAAGUGCUACCGCCAGACCCAGAGAUCAGCUGAA